AUGGAAAUUAAUCAGCAGGAAAAAAUUAAAGAGUGUUUGGAAAUUAUUAAAGGUUUUACUCCUCCCCAAUUAGCAGAAUUAAAUAAAGCUAUUGAAGCCGAAUUUAAUAUUCAAGGAGGAACAUUCGCUCCCACUUCUACCCAAAAAGUUGAAGAACAAAAAACUGCUAGUUCGACCAAUGUUUCUUUGAAAAUUACAGAAGUUGGUAAACAACCAAUUCCAGUUUACACAGCCGUAAAAGAUAUUGUUAACGCUAACGGUGGUCAACAAAUAAAUAUUAUUAAUGCUAAACAAUUAAUUGAUCAAAAAAAACCAAUUUUAGAAAAUAUCCCUAAAGCCAAAGCCGAAGAAUAUAAAAAACAACUAGAAGAAAAAGGAGCAAAAGUAGAACUUGAUUUAUUUCAGUCUUUGCCCCAAAAACAUUUAGCCCAAGAGCAAAGAGAAUCCUAUGAAUAUUUUCUCAAUCGGGCUUUACCAAAGUUAUUACAAUUUUAUUUUCCUGUUCAACUCAAAGAUUAUAAUAACCAACUAAGGUUGGAAAUUUUAAACUCUCGUUGA